AUGAAUGAUUUAAAAUUGAUUGAUCCGAACAUGCUGUCAAUGCGCCGAUCUUUAUUUAAGAACAGUAAACAUUUAGUCAUCAUAGCAUCAUCUUACCAUCGAUUGGGAGCCACUUUAAGUUCUAAUAUUAACUCUUCUAUUGACAAAUUCUCAAGUAUAUACGAUCGAAUUUCAGGGAGAGAUGCUGUCACAAAUGCCCGGAAUGAUCUUCAACAGGCUGAGCAAGAUUUUGUAUCGAAACAACUGACUCGGCGCACACUGCAGCAGUCCUUAUUUGAUGUUCAGAAGAAAAGAAGCGAUCUAAACAAAAAAGUGAAAGUCACUUCUAUCACUGAUGAUUCUUACCUUCAGUUAAUCACAAUGGAGCUCGAGCUGGCAAGAGAGGAAGCUCGAGUAGCUAUGGAAUAUCGUGAAUCAGAUCUACUUGAAAAAGCUGCAUAUGACAACUUUACUAGCUUAAUGCGAAACUUGCAUGCGGAAGAGAGAAAUUAUGAUCAGCGCAUGCGCAUAUGGACUUUAAUUGGAUCUGUAGUUGUCGCGAUAGUUACUAUUUUCGUGAAUUGGCUUCGGUAUCACACUCCACAAACGGCUGACAUACGGGAUUCUCUACUUACGAUUAAAGGAGUCACUUCGACCCAGGAGGAAAUCAGAUUACAACUUUGUAAACUUAUUGAGCACUUGCGCAAACAGCAAGUAGAUACUUCUCAGGUCCUGGAAAGGGUUGCCAAGAUGGAGUCUACCCAGAAGGAAGUUCUGUCUGUAUUGAAAAAUUUAGGCGCCGCUUCACAAAACUUGCGUGAAUGUAUCAGCAUCCAUAUCGGUCAGGGUGGUUGUCAAAUUGGUAAUGCUUGCUGGGAACUCUACUGUCUUGAACAUGGAAUUCAACCUGAUGGUCAAAUGCCAAGUGAUAAGUGCAUAGGAGGUGGAGACGACUCCUUUGAAACAUUCUUCAGUGAAACAGGCGCUGGUAAACAUGUUCCUAGGGCAAUUUUUGUCGAUCUUGAACCAACGGUCGUUGACGAGGUUAGAACGGGAACGUAUCGUCAACUUUUCCAUCCUGAUCAACUCAUUACUGGCAAAGAAGACGCGGCUAACAACUAUGCCCGAGGACACUACACUGUUGGCAAAGAAAUGGUAGAUCUAGUACUGGACAGAACUAGAAAACUCGCAGACCAAUGUACUGGUCUCCAGGGCUUCCUGGUUUUUCAUUCUUAUGGAGGUGGAACAGGUUCGGGAUUCACCUCACUACUCAUGGAACGACUCAGUGUCGAUUAUGGCAAGAAAUCAAAGCUAGAAUAUUCAAUUUACCCUGCCCCACAGAUUUCUACAGCUGUUGUUGAACCCUAUAAUUCUAUUUUGUGCACUCAUUCCACAAUUGAACACUCAGACUGCAGUUUUACUUUUGAUAAUGAGGCCUGCUAUGAUAUUUGCCGCCGCAAUCUCGAUAUUGAACGACCCACUUACACCAAUCUUAAUCGUAUAAUCGCCCAAGUUUGCAGUUCUCUGACUUCAUCCCUGCGUUUUGAUGGUGCUCUGAAUGUAGACAUGACGGAAUUCCAGACAAAUUUGGUGCCCUAUCCUCGAAUUCACUUCCCCUUGGUAACCUACGCACCCACCGUAUCAGCUGAGAAGGCCUACCACGAGCAGCUGACUGUUCCGGAGCUGACAAAUGCUUGCUUCGAACCUGCCAAUCAAAUGGUGAAAUGUGAUCCACGCCAUGGUAAAUACAUGGCCUGUUGUCUGCUCUACCGUGGUGAUGUGGCACCUAAAGAAAUCAACGCUUCGAUCGCCUCUAUUAAGUCUAAGAGGACCAUUCAGUUUGUAGAUUGGUGUCCUACUGGUUUCAAGGUUGGUAUUAACUACCAACCACCAACUGUAGUUCCAGGUGGUGACUUGGCUAAAGUUCAAAGAGCUCUCUGCAUGAUCGCCAAUACUACAGCGAUUGCUGAGGCCUGGGCUCGACUUGAUCACAAAUUCGACCUCAUGUACGCCAAGAGAUCUUUUGUUCACUGGUAUGUCGGUGAAGGUAUGGAGGAGGGAGAAUUUGCUGAAGCUAGAGAAGAUCUCGCAGCCUUGGAGAAGGACUAUGAAGAAGUUGGACACGACAGUAUUGAGGGAGAAGGUGAAGAAGAGGAAGAAUACUAA